UAUAACCUAGAAAAUAAAUAAAAACAGUGAUCUGUCAUUAUAUCGACAUAUAUCAGAAAUAUAUAAAUAUUUACUUAUUUAUUUAAAGAAUAUAUAUAAUAAUUAAAAUUAAAAGUUUAUAAUUAAAAUUAAAAGUUUAUAAUUUAAAUUUCAAAAUGAAUAUUUUACCCAAAAAAAAAUGGCACGUAAGGACCAAAGAAAAUAUUGCAAGAGUCAGGAGAGAUGAAGCUCAAGCUGCUGAAGAAGAAAAAGCUCGUCAAGCUCGUGCACAAAAAGCUGAAACUGAAGCAAGAAUAAAUAUACUGAGAAAACAGGCGAGAUCAAAAUAUGAUGGUAGACCUGACGAAGAAGAUAAAGUUGAUGAUAAAGAAGAUAAAGAAGAUGAACCGGAAGUAAAAGAACAUAUUAAUUUUUUUAAAGAUUUAGAAGAAGGUAAAGUCGAUCACCAUAAACCUAAUGCUGAACGUGAAGCCGAGAAAAAAGCUGAGAAAGAAAAAUAUGAAAAACAAAUUGGAUACCUCACGUACUUGGGACAAAAUACCAAUGAAUCAACUGGUAGCAAGAGUUGGUAUGAGGAAUUACCGCGUAGAUUGACUGAUACAGAUGUUAAAAUAGAAGUUCAAGGUGAUAAAAAAGUAAGGCAUGAUCCUAUGGUUGUUAUGAAACGGUAUCUGAGUACCAUGGGCUCGGAUCCAAAACCUUUGGCUUCUCAAGGGUCAUCUAGUAGAAAGCGUAAACUGUCGGGUGAUGAUGACAGUGAGAGACUGUCUAAGAAGCACAAGAAGUCGAAGAAAUCAAAGAAACACAAACAUGAUAAAGAUGUAGAGGAAAUUAAAAGUACGAGAGCUAGUGUGGACAUUGAAAAAUUACGUGCCGAGAGAUUGAUGAGAGAAAGAGCAGAAAAAUUGAGAACUGAAGCUCUAUUGGCUAAGGUCAGAGGUGAUCCUGUCCCAGUUGUUAAAGUCGAGAAAGAAGUUACUCAGAAGACAAAUAAAAUUAAACAAAAGUAUAAUUCACAAUUUUGUCCAGAAAUCGCUAGACAAAAUUUGGUCGACACACCAAGACGUUAAUUAUUGAGUACAUUUAUAAAUGAAAUUGUUAAUGAAUAAAUUAAUUUAUUGUUUUAAAAUUUU